UUAAUUAAUUCAGACUUGGCUAAUUAACCAGUUAACUUUUCUAAACUUUUCUAUAAAAUGGCCAACCAAUUUAAAUUUCUGAAAAACAAGUUGUAUCAGUUCAAAAACUGCUACAUCUUAAAAGAUCAUAAAAUCAUCAAAGAAGAUGUUUGGGUUAGAAAUGGUGUCAUACAGAACCCAGAGAAAAUAUUCUUUGAUGAGAAGGUUCCAUCUGAUGUGGAGAUUGAUUGCUCUGGCUUCUUCCUCUUUCCCGGCCUCAUUGAUUUGCAAAUUAAUGGUGCAGUCGGGCAGGAUUUCUCAAUGGACCCAGAGCACAUCCUCGAUAAGAUUUCGAUAGUUUCAAAAGAAUUACUGAGCCAUGGAGUCACUUCGUUCUGCCCGACAAUUGUAACCAGCACACCAAAUGCUUACAAACAGAUUGUCUCAAAAGUUCGGAAGAAAAACGGCUGCAAAAACGGAGCUGGUGUGUUAGGCUUACAUCUUGAAGGCCCAUUCAUCUGCAAAGAAAUGAAGGGGGCGCAUCAAGUCGAGCACAUCACUACUUUUCAGAAUGGCGUCCAAGCACUAAUGGAGACGUACGGCUGCCUCGACAACGUGGCCAUUGUGACUUUGGCCCCAGAACUUCCAGGAGCGAUGGAGGUGAUCGAGUAUUUGAGCGAGAAGGGUGUGGUUGUUUCAUUGGGUCACUCGUCUGCUUGUUUGUCGGUUGGGGAAGAAGCUGUCGAGAGAGGGGCCACUCUGAUCACACAUCUCUUCAAUGCCAUGCUGCCUUUCCACCACAGAGACCCCCACCUGGUCGGCCUGCUGACUAGUCAGAAGUUUUCAAACAAAAAUGACGAAGACGACAAUUUGAAUGAUGAUAGUGGCAUGGAAGAUGGUGGCGAUGAUAGCAGCGGCAGUGGUGGCGGUGGUGGAGUCGGAGAGAACGUGAAGAAGAUGGUGGAGGAGAAGAGGAAGAAGAUUGGGAUGAAGAAGAAGAGGAGGAAGAGGGUUUACUACGGGAUGAUUUCUGACGGGGUGCACACGCACCCUGCUGCCCUCAAUAUUGCCAAUAGGGCCCACCCUAGAGGGCUCAUCUUAGUGACUGAUGCAGUUUCAGCGAUGGGCCUAUCGGACGGGGUGCACCACCUCGGAGACCAGGUCAUCGAGGUCAAGGGCAGGAGGGCAGUUCUCCAGGGCACUGAGACUCUUUGUGGAAGCAUCACCUCGUUGGAUGAGUGCAUGAGGUUCUUCCAUAAGAACGCUGCUGCAGAUCUAGCUCAAGCCAUCGAGGCCUGCACACUGCACCCUGCUGAAGUUAUGAAGAUCACGAAUAAGAAAGGUACCUUGAGCUACGGGAGUGACGCUGACAUAAUCAUAAUGGACCAGUCGUCCUUGACAGUGCGUGCCACAUUCAUUGCUGGCGAUCUGGUCUGGGGCGGAGACGAGCUGAAGUAUCGUUUUAGGAAUCGGAAUUAGUGUUUCGAUGGGAGUAUCGAUCUUAGUAUAUUGGCAUUAAUACUAUGAUAGGAAUCUUUGAAGUGUUACUAAGGUGUGUUUGUUUAGUGUAAGUAUCAAUAGCAAUAGCGUUUCUCUAGUUCUAUCCAUUGUUUGGUACUGCACAAUUCUAGUUAUGAAACAUUCAUAGUCUUAACCUUUUCCCUACUUGGUUGCAAUUUUUUAUGCGAUUUUUUCAUAUUUUAAAGAAACUUUCUUUACAAACUUUACAACUACGAUGUACAGACUACAUAUGGAUGAAUUUUACAAAAAAAUAAUUUUUAUAGCAUUUUUUUAUAUGUAGUAACAUUACAAUGCAACUAAAGAAUUUCGGACCGCUAAUGCUCUAUCGUAUUCUUUCCAUUAGGUUAUGCACUAUAGUUCAAUUCUGGUAAUACAAUUUGCAUUCCUGAUGAGAUUAAUAACUGAUUCAUUGUCUUUUUGUUUGAGACCAUAUAUUAUAUCUAUAUAUGGAUAGAGAGAGAGAUAGAUGGAUGAAUGGUAGAUGGAGAGCAAGAGAACGAAUUAAAAAUGAGAAAAC